UAAUGCAUCUGUAGUUGAUAUUUAUGGAUAAACAGGCGGUUCCGUGUUACGGGUUAUUAUUCCUGCUCCUGCUGGAGCAUUCAGGCAAAAGCCGAGAAUCGGCGAGUAUCUAUUCGUAGCGCGAAGAAUCCCUUUCAAGCUCUUGCCUGCAAAAUUAGAGUUUUGAGGGGAAGUUUUCGAGGGAGAUCAAUCCAAUUGCCCCUCACUACAGAUCGUCUCUCUCUCAAGCUCCUCUGGCAUGCAAAAUUAGGUUAUUGAGAGGCGUUUGAUUUUCUGGAGAGCGAAGAUCACCUUUCUACAAUCGCCAACAAUAUUUUUUCAGGGAAUCAGUAGAUCCAGUUCAUCAUCACUUUCUUCCUCCUAUUUCUUCCCCCUAUUUCUUCCCUUAGGUUUAACUUGUGAUCGGCCCCCCUCUCCUUCCUAGGGUUUAAGCUGUGAUCGAAGGCCAGAGAAGGGGAGACAAUGUCUGAGUUUUUGGAGAUGGAGGCGGUGGAGGGGGUGCGCAUGUCCUGGAACGUGUGGCCUCGGACGAAGGUGGACGCCAGCAAGUGCGUGGUCCCCCUGGCGACAGUGGUAUCCCCGAUCCGGUCCCUCCCUGAGCUACCGGUGCUCCCCUACCCCCCUCUGCGCUGCAAAUCUUGCUCCUGCGUCCUCAAUCCACACUGUCGUGUUGACUAUGCCGCCAGGAUCUGGGUCUGUCCUUUCUGCUUCCAGCGCACCCAUUUCCCUAUCCAUUAUGAAGGCAUCAGCGAAACCAAUGUUCCAGCAGAGCUCUUCCCCCAAUAUUCAGUCAUCGAGUACUCUCUUCCUUCUAAUGCCGCGCCGCCUCCAGUUUUUCUCUUUGUGCUCGAUACUUGUAUCAUCGAGGAAGAACUCGGGUAUGUGAAGUCCGCUAUGAGGCAGGCAAUAGGGCUUUUGCCGGAGCACGCUCUGGUGGGGUUCGUGACAUAUGGGACGCAGGUGCAUGUGCAUGAACUGGGGUUCCCGGAUCUGUUCAAGACGUAUGUGUUUAGGGGGUCAAAGGAGAUCUCUAAGGAGCAGAUCUUGGAUCAGUUAGGGCUUUCAGGGCAGAGGUCGGGGUUUGCGAAAGGUGGGGGUGGCGGUGUGCAGAAUGGGCUCACUGCCGGGGUUAUCAACCGCUUCUUGUUGUCUGCGUCAGACUGCGAGUACACACUUAAUUCUCUCCUUGAUGAGUUGCAGAGAGAUCAGUGGCCUGUGCCUCCAAGCAAUAGGGCCAUGCGCUGCACUGGUGUGGCCCUAAGUGUUGCAGCUGGUCUUCUUGGAGCUUGCUUGCCUGGUACAGGAGCCCGUAUCCUGGCUUUAGUUGGAGGUCCAUGUACUGAAGGCCCAGGAACUAUCGUGUCCAAAGAUUUAUCUGAACCAGCACGUUCUCAUAAAGAUCUUGAUAAGGAUGCUGCUCCGCAUUUUCAUAAAGCGGUUAAAUUUUAUGAGAAUCUCGCUAAGCAACUUGUGAGCCAGGGUCAUGUAUUGGACGUUUUUGCUUCUGCAUUGGAUCAGGUUGGUGUUGCAGAAAUGAAAGUUGCUGUGGAAAGGACUGGUGGCCUAGUUGUUUUAGCUGAAAGUUUUGGCCAUCCUGUGUUUAAAGACUCCUUCAAGCGUAUAUUUGAGGAUGGUGAACAGUCUCUUGGUCUUUCAUUCAAUGGUACGCUGGAGGUUAAUUGCUCAAAGGAUGUGAAAAUUCAAGGAAUCAUAGGACCCUGCACGUCUUUGGAGAAGAAAGGACCAUCUUGUGCCGAUGUAGUGAUUGGGCAGGGGAAUACGUCACAAUGGAAGAUCUGCGGUCUUGACAAAAGCACUUGUUUGACAGUUUUCUUUGAUGUUGCACCUAGUGAACGAUCAAACCCUGCACCACAGGCUAUACAUCAGCAAUUAUAUCUUCAGUUCCUUACAACUUAUCAGCAUCCUGGAGGACAAAUGAGGCUCCGAGUAAUAACAGUUGCAAGGAGGUGGCAAGAAAAUUCUGCAAAUACAGAGGAGCUGGCGAGAGGAUUUGACCAGGAGACGGCUGCUGUCGUGAUGGCGAGGUUAACGUCACUGAAAAUGGAGAUGGAGGAAGAGUUUGAUGCAACAAGGUGGUUGGAUCGUUCACUUAUACGUUUGUGUUCAAGAUUUGGCGAUUAUCGGAAAGAUGACCCGUCUUCCUUUACUUUAAACCCAAGUUUUGCAAUAUUUCCGCAAUUUAUGUUUAAUCUGCGGCGUUCCCAGUUCGUACAGGUUUUUAACAAUAGUCCAGAUGAGACGGCUUAUUUCCGCAUGUUGCUCAACCGGGAGAAUGUCACCAACUCAGUGGUCAUGAUCCAGCCUUCCCUGAUAUCAUAUUCUUUCAACUCACCUCCUUCACCAGCAUUGUUGGAUGUUGCUUCCAUUUCAGCGGAUCAUAUAUUGCUGCUAGAUGCCUACUUCAGCAUUGUUGUUUUCCAUGGUAUGACUAUUGCCCAGUGGCGUAACAUGGGCUAUCAGAAUCAACCCGAGCAUGAGGCCUUUGCACAGUUAUUGCAAGCUCCUCAGGAUGAUGCUCGCUUGAUUAUCAAAGAGCGGUUUCCUGUCCCGAGGUUGGUUAUCUGUGAUCAGCAUGGUUCCCAGGCCCGUUUUCUGUUGGUAAAAUUGAACCCCUCGGCUACGUAUAACUCAAGCCAUGACGUGGCCUCUGGCAUGGACGUGAUCUUCACUGAUGAUGUGAGCUUACAAGUCUUCUUUGAGCACCUUCAAAGGCUUGCUGUGCAAUCAUAAGCCAUAAUUUAUGUGUAGAUUUUGCCAAUUUUUGGUUUUAGUUUGCGGGAUAAUUUAGUUGAGAGUUUCAUUUGAUUCCCUUUGCUUUUUCUCCCUUUUUUUUUUUUUGUAGUCUUUUACCAAUGCUAUCUUUCUAUUGUUGGAAUAAGUCUUUAUCAUUCUUUUGGAUAGCAAGCGCUGGCUUCCAAGGUUUAUUUAAAGGGAAAUGAGUGGGAGUCCAUUUAAUCAAAUAUAUUGCCUUCCUGA